CCCUACUAAAAAAUGUAAAAUAUAGGGUAUCAAUAUGUGCUGAAUUUGACAUAGGAAGACAUUUAACGGGUCAUCUUUUUUUAAAUAAAUUGUUUUUAGUCGAAAUAACAUACAUUUUAUACGUAUUAUUUAUGAAUGUGCUACUUAAGUAUUGCGAUUCAUAAGAAUUCACGCUUUCCUCGAUCAUUGCGCUAUCUUCAAGAUUCAUAUUAAUCAGCUGUGUUGCUAUUAUCAUGAUAUUGUUAAUAUUCUUGUAGAGUGAAAUAACAACACUGUAUUCGUCGUUUAUAAAAAUAAUGAAAUCUUUGCUCUACGAGCAAUGACCAAUGCUAUUCUUCCAAGUCGAAGGUGGUCGGUAUUUUGGUAUUGUAUACAUCAAGGAUCAUUAUUCAUUUCUUUGUUUUCUUCCUUUUUUUUUGUACAUGUACAUUUAUGUAUAAAAGCUUAAUCUUACUCCAACCACUGUUUUUUCUUAUAUACAUACGUAAAUAUAUAUAUCGAAAGGACUGUACUUUCUUUUUUUUAUAUUUAUAGCACAACAAAACAAUUCAUCUUUAUGAUAUAUUGAAGGACUUGAAACAACAUAUAUAGAUAGUAUUUAGAAAAUCUAUGAAAAUGGAUAGCCUUUUCACACAGAAUAUUUCAGACGAACCAGAGGAUAUACCGCAAACAGAUGAACCAGUUUGGAUUCUUGGAAAAAAAUACAGUGCCAUAAAAGAACUCGACGCAAUUCGUAGGGAUAUAAGGUCCAAAUUGUGGUUUACUUAUCGUAAGGGUUUUGUACCAAUCGGUGGUUACACGUCCACAUUUACAUCUGAUAAAGGUUGGGGCUGUAUGUUAAGAUGCGGACAGAUGGUCCUUGGACAUGCUUUAAUUAUAUUACAUUUAGGUAAAGAUUGGCAAUGGACACCAGAAACUAGAAAUAGUACGUACCUGAAAAUUUUGGAACGUUUUGAAGACAGAAGAACUGCCCCUUUUUCUAUUCAUCAAAUUGCAUCAAUGGGAGCUUCGGAAGGGAAAGAAGUUGGACAAUGGUUUGGUCCUAAUACGAUAGCACAAGUGUUAAAAAAAUUAGUUAUAUACGAUGAAUGGAGUUCAAUCACAAUACACGUUGCUCUGGACAAUACAUUAAUAGUUAAUGAUAUUUUAAGGCAAUGUAGAGUAGAAGGAGGUACAACAGCAGAAGCAGAUGGUAAUAUACCAUUAAAAGCACCUAGCCAAUGGAAGCCUUUAUUACUUUUAAUACCUCUUCGUCUUGGAUUAAGCGAAAUUAAUCCUAUCUACAUUAAUGGGCUUAAAACUUCGUUCAAAAUCCCACAAUCUCUAGGAGUGAUAGGAGGAAAACCCAAUCUCGCGUUAUAUUUCAUAGGAUGCGUUGGAAAUGAAGUAAUCUACUUGGAUCCUCAUACAACGCAAAGAUCAGGUAGUGUUGAUAAAAAAGUGGAAGAAGAUGAGAUCGAAAUGGAUGCUACUUAUCAUUGUAAAUUUGCUAGUCGUAUUCCUAUUACAGGAAUGGAUCCCUCUGUAGCACUUUGUUUCUUCUGUGCAACUGAAAAAGACUUCAAAACUUUAUGUAAAAUUAUUCAAGAAGAAUUGAUAACUCCUGAAAAGCAACCUUUGCUUGAAUUAUGUGCAGAAAGACUGGCACAUUGGUCACCAGCCGAAGAUGUUGCUGCAUCAGAAGCAAUAGCAGCUCCAAGUUUUGUAGAUUUCGAACACAUUGAUCCACAGUAUGAUACAUCUGAUGAAGAUUUUGAAUUAUUAGGUUGACAUUUAAUCAUUAAUUAACAACAGUCUGCGAUAUAAAUAAUAUGUACAUAAUAUCGAGAAUGGUCCAUUCGUACAUAAAAUACAAUUAUUCAUUCAAUAUAUACAUAUAUAUUUUAUAUUAUACAUUUAUAAAAUAUACAUGUGUAUAUACAAAUUUGACUUAAACUAGUACUAUUUCAGUACUAGCAGUUGAAUAAUAAAAUAAUUUAUACCAAAUAAUUCAAAUAUUGUAUAUAUUACUUAUAUUUAAAUUUUUUGGACAUGAGUGAUCUAUGUGUUAUACAUAUAUGUUGUUAAUUCAGUAUCCAUAUACUUUUAAUCUGAAUGACCAUAAAAAUAGUCAAAAACUUUAAAGUUCAAGCUAUAAGGAAAUAUUAGCUUUUAUAUGUAUUUGUAUACAUAUAAUGCAGUAUAUCUUUAUUUUUGUAUAUUAAUUAAAUUAAUAUAAACGUAAUAUUUAUGCAUUUACAGGUAGUUAGAUAUUUAUAUUGUUGUUUAUCAUUUACUGAUGGCAAAAUAAGUUGAAAAUCAAGAUUACUCGCGUCCUUAAAAUGCCUUUGCCUUGUGUAAUGAAUAACAUGUAUGAAAAUUUUAAUAUGCAGCGAUACAUAUAAUUUCUACUGUGUUAAGAUAAUAGGAUUAAAUUCAAGAGUGUAAAAAUUUAAAUUAACUUUCAUAUGCUAUGUAAUUUAAAACGCGACGGUUAUUUGCGACAUUAUAAUAUUUGCACGUUUUAAAUAUUAAUGCCUACAAUUAAAGCGAACGUUAUCAUUAAAAAAGUAUAGUUUUGAUAUUAGUUUAUGCAGUGUACUGAUUACAUUAAUAAUGAUCUAAAAUUAUAGAACUAAUUAAAUUAAUAAUAUAAAUACUCACAAAAUAAUAUUUGUAAAAGUUGCAGAGAAUUAAUAGCUAAAAUUAUAUUAUGAAAUAUUUAACAAUGAAGAAAAGCUUUUGAGUGUUACGGUAUUAAAUAUAAGUUGAAUUUACAUUCAA